GUCAGCCCGAGGCGAAAGAACGUCUCACAGCUGAUCGCGCGCUCAUACGUGUCAAAGAUAAAUAAACAAUUACUUUCAUUACUAUCCUUAGAGUGGUUCGUGACUGGAACAGAUCUGAAGCGGGAAUGAGAUGAGCUGAAAACUGUUAAAAAAUAGAUUUUUUAAAUUAAAUGUACAAAAAUACAGAGAACUACUACAACUUCAAUCACAGUGACAAUAAGGAAAGCCAAAACUAAUAUAUUUACAAAUAGAUUCCUAAAAAAUCUAUUCUAUUCAUGUUAAAUUAUCCAAUAGUAUAGUUUGUUAUAUUCAUAAAACAAAGUAUUAUUUUACCGAUAUUUAAUAUACAAUACAAAAAAAAAACUUAAAAGCAUACAAGUGUAAUAAACGAAUUAUUAAAUAUUGGAAAAAAAGUUACAGUUGAUGGUUUGAAAAUUAUUAUCAUAAGUAAAUUCAAAAUGAGUUUCGAUUCUAAUUGCUCGUCCAAGAAGCUCAAUUUCGAUAGAGCAACGAAUUUCAUGAGGCAAUUCCGUGACCCUGACUCCAGGGAACUCAAGAAGCUUUCUGCCAACCAGUUCAUGGAGAUCUGGAGUCAUUACGACCGGGAUGGUAAUGGCUACAUCGAGGGAACCGAGUUGGAUGGGUUUUUGCGCGAGUUCGUGUCUUCGGCCAAUUUUACUGACAUCAGUCCAGAUGCCGUCUCGGACUCAAUGCUGGUGGAACUCAAGGCCUGCUUCAUGGAAGCCUAUGAUGACAACCAAGACGGAAAGAUCGAUAUACGAGAGUUGGCCCAACUGUUGCCGAUGGAGGAAAAUUUCCUGCUGCUGUUCAGAUUUGACAACCCCUUGGAGUCCAGCGUUGAGUUUAUGAAGAUUUGGCGGGAAUACGACACAGACGGCAGCGGCUACAUAGAAGCUGAUGAACUGAAGAAUUUUCUAAGGGACCUCCUGAAAGAAGCGAAGAAAAUCAACGAUGUUUCAGAAGACAAACUCAUUGAAUACACAGAUACCAUGUUACAAGUGUUUGAUUCGAAUAAAGAUGGCAGACUACAGUUAUCUGAAAUGGCCAAGCUGCUACCCGUCAAAGAGAACUUCCUCUGCAGACAAGUUUUCAAGGGUGCUACAAAGCUAACCAAGGACGAUAUAGAGAGAGUGUUCUCCCUUUAUGACAGAGACAACAAUGGUUCCAUUGAAAACGAAGAGCUUCGAGGGUUUUUAAAAGACUUAUUGGAAUUAGUUAAGAAGGAUUACGACGCGCAAGACUUACUGGAAUUCGAAGAGACAAUCCUACAAGGUGUGGAGUACAGCAGCGACGGCAAGAUCAGCCGAAAACAGCUCACCAUGAUCCUAUUAGCACUCGCAAAACACCAUCAAGAAGAAGAACCGUCUACACCAUAAGUGUAUCCAAACGCGUACGCCACUCCGUCCCGAUAUAUCCGAACGAAUUUCUAGUGUUGCGAUCUAUUUUAAAACGUACAGUGAUGUUUGUUUAUGAAGCUAUUUUGUUCUUUUUUUAAAGGCUGAUGAUCCGGUGUGAUUUCGGUAUGACGUGCAUUAAUCAUUAGAUAAAUAUUUAAUAUUAUGUUUUUUUUUAAUGCUGUAAAACGUUCAUCUGACCCGUUAAUUUAAAAACUUAUUUUACGUAGGUAGGUAACUAUUAAUUUGGACCCUUAUUGCGUAAGAUUUAAGGUGGUAACUAUCAAUUAAAUAUAAACCAAAUGAAAGCCAAAUCAAUUGCCAAAUAUUAAAAAUCAAGUCUAUUUUCAUAUUUCGUAUAGCAGAUGUUGAAUUAUAGUUAUACAUCCAUUCAAUAUCACAUUAAAAAUCCAUACAUAUCACAAUUAUUAACACUGCAUUUUAACAUUUCUUUCUUAUAUUUUAAUUUAUGAUAUUAUGCUAGGUAUCUACUAUUAAAAUAUACACUCAAAUGUUUCAUUUUUGUAUUACAGCCAGUCCCUUAGAUAUUUUCAUUUAAAAGCCACAGGGCCGAAUUUAAGGCGGGGCUGUGGCCCAGUGGACCCCCACAACAGCAACCCAAUAAAAAAUAUCUUCGACGGGUUUAAAGUACCCCACUUCCUAGUUUCCCCAGGGCCUCCACACCUCUAACUAAAUCCGGGCCUGAAAAGACAAGUCUUUUCAGAGCAAGUCUCGAGAAUCUUUUGCGUUUAAUUUAAAAUUAAGAAAUAAAUUUAAAAUAGUAAACUUGAAUCAUUAUUUUCUCUACAUACCUACUGUGAAUAUAAUUUUGAUGUCGUUUAAACUCAUAACAAAAGUUGUAAUUAGUUAGGUUAUGGUGUCAAAUCUGGCAUGAUUCUCUAAACUUAA